GUUUGACAAAUUUGAUUUAUAUUUAGUUUAUUUUACUUUGAGCAAACAACAAAAUUUUUAAGCAUUGAAAUCUGACCAUGGAUGAGAAUUAUGAGCCCAAUGCAUUGGAUCGAGAGUUCGAUAGUUUCUUUCACAAUGUUAGCUGCUUUGUGGUCACCGGCUUUCCAUACGAGGACCGCUGUGAGUUUGUAUUGAACGCCACCAAUUGCAUAGCGGGCACAAACUUUGUGCCCUACAUGAGAAUAAUGUCCUGUGAAUUUAACUGCAAGAACAAAUUCGAAGAGCUGGUGUUUAUAAGCAUACUAUUGCUGUUUUGCGUAGAGCUGCUUAUAUUUCUGGGCGUUGUGGUCAAUCAGUACUACAGUCCGGCACUGAAGAUGCUUUCACGGAUGUGCCACAUGAACGAGCAUUUGGCUGGUAUCACCUUCUUGGCGAUUGGCAACAGUACGCCGGAUAUGUUUUCUGAUUUAUCGGCCAUAGACGACAAAGAGCCAGUAGUGGCUAAUACAUUGGCGCUGGCAUUGUUUGUUACAAUCUUCACUGGUGGAUUGAUCUGUUAUAUGAGUCCAUUUAAAAUGAAUCAGCAUGCCACAGUGCGGGACUUACUCUUCUUUAUAUUGGGUGUGUCGAUGCUGGAAUAUUUUGUUAAUGCUGAUGGUAGAGUCAAAAUGACUGAAUGCAUCCUCAUGUUUUGCGUAUACUUCAUUUAUUUUAUAGUCAAUUUCGUUGAUGUGUUCCUACUGCGGGCUACGUUGAGGUCUCUGAAACGUAAAAUUAAAGAGCUAAAGCAUCAACCAGACACACCAGAGCUGAGGGAGAAACUGGAUAAAUUACGAAAUAAAUAUAAUUACUAUGCUGAGGACGCGCAUUUCGAAAUAAUAGAAAGACCCGAAGAUUGGUUUUUCAACUCCCAGAGCACUAAUAAAAGUCGUUUGACAUUUAUAACUAGACAAACGGGAGCUCGGCAUCGACAUAGCGUUGACGUGGACGGCACUCGAAAUGUUUUUUAUAAUCCCACAGUGCCUAAAAACCAUCGGAUUUGCAGAGAUUUUCUUGAUGCCAUUAAUCCCAUCGAUGCUUAUAAUUGGAGUAAAGCCAGUUUGAUUAUACGUAUAUAUUAUAUAGCCAAGGCACCCGUAACAAUCAUAUGUGUGCUUUAUAUACCAUUGGUUGACUACGAACUGGACAAGCACGGCUGGAGCAAGCUGCUCAACUGCAUGCAAAUCUUUUUGAAUCCAGCCAUAACGCUCAUUGUUGGUCAGGCGUUUAUUUUCAGAGACAAAACAACGCUUUGGUAUAAUAGAAUAUUCGAAACCUAUUACUACGGUCUAUAUUCUUGCUCAUUGACCGUUCCAAUAGCAAUUGUUGUCUUCUUGCACUCGCGCACCAAUGUGCCACCAAAAUAUCACUGGCUGUUUACUAUAAUGAAUCUUUCCGGUUCCAUGUGCCUGAUCUUUGAAACUGCCAGCGAAAUAUCUGUAAUAAUGGGCGUAAUUGGCAGUAUAUUGGAAAUACCACCUGACUUUAUGGGCGUUGCGGUCAGCCCAGUGGCCAAUGGUAUUAGUGAUUUGAUAGCCAAUGUGGCCAUGGCCAUGCAGGGCUAUGAAAGAAUGGCAUAUGCCGCUUGCAUUGGCAGUCCUUUCUUCAACGUGCUGCUCUCCCAUGCUGUCUUGUUCUCGGCUAUGAAUAUCAAGGGCAUUCCAGCUCAUGAAAAAACUGUCAAUGGAAUUUAUGGCGAAAAUUCGUAUAUAUUUUUAAAUUUUGCACUAUUUGCUACAUUACUGUGGGUCUGCCUGUUGAACUUUCAAGCUCGUCGCUCAGUUGGUCUCUUCUCCAUGGUCCUCUAUUUAUUGUUUUUAUUUUUUGCUGUAUUCAUCAAUAUGGGUAUUAUACAUUCAUACAGCAACGAUCCAGUAAUUUACGAUACUUUUGACUCAGGAAGCAUUUGAGAUUAAU